UCUUCCAAAAAUAUUCCACAUGUUUCACAUGUGAAGGCAAAAUUUCCCAAUUCCCUUUUCAAAUUUUCAAUUGAAAUUCUAAAUUCACGAGGUACAGGUCCGUGUAGACCUCCAGCAUGGAGGGCAGCGUCAAAAUCACGAGAGAGAAGCUAAGGGAGAUCGUCCUGCCGAUAAAAGGAAGGGUCCAGCUGGAUAAGUUCACCAUAGACAACGGAUUCAUGUCCGUCGAGCUUAUCAACUACGGUGCCACAAUCACGGCCAUUUAUCUACCGGACAAAAAGGGGAUCGACGACGAUAUCGUUCUCGGAUUUGAAAAUCCUUUGGACUACCUCAAGAGUCGUAACCCUUAUCUUGGAGCGACGAUCGGUCGUUACGGGAACCGCAUUUCCGGUGCGAGGUUCAAGAUAUCAGGCCAGACGUACUACACGUCGAUGAACUCGCCCCCGGACACUUACCACGGCGGGAUCCAAGGGCUUGACAAAAAAAUCUGGGACGCCAGGCUCGAGGACAACACCCUCGUCAUGACGUACAAAAGCUACGACCUGGACGAAGGUUUCCCCGGAGAUUUGUGCGUCAAAGCGAAGUUCAUACUCACAAUGCAGAACCAGCUAAUAAUAAUAUAUUCGGCGAUCACCAACCGGAAAACACCAGUGAACAUCCAGAACGAGUGUUAUUUUAACCUUGCCGGACACACUACGGGUAAGUUUCUUAUCCUUGAGCACGAAUUGAAGGUAAACUCACAAUACUACGUAGUGACGACAGAGGACGGACGUCCGACAGGCGAAGUCGACGAAGUGGAAAGCACGUUUUUUGACUUGAGGGAGAUGAUUUCGAUGAAGGACGUCAUCGAUUCCGAAGAAGAGUUCUCCGAUGAAGUGUCGUACUGCUUUGCAGGCGAUGGCCUCAAAAACGUUGCUUAUUUGCGUCACCAGGAAAGUGGCCGUUCUUUAACUAUUUACUCAGAUCAACCGUGUCUGACCCUGAAGCUGGCGCAGGACUUCAAAAACAUCCACGGAAAGGAGGAUGCGGUCUACAAGGAAAACAGCGGCGUGUGCUUCCAGACUGGCAACCUUCCAGAUGCAAUACGGCACAGCUGCUUCCCAUGCCCAUUCCUUCUUCCAGGGGCGGAAUACAGGCACACGAUCGUCUGGAAAUUCCGUGUUGACGGUCUCACCGACCCAGACGAGAGGGACGAGGCGUACGUCCGGGAAAUGCGCCGCAGCGUGUCGCCGGUACCGCCUGCUAAAACCAAAUCCGAGGAGAUUCCCGAGCAGGGUGAACUGAAGAAGCUUGAUUCGAAGAUGUCCCAGCAGGUGAAAUACCUAGACGUCGCCCCUUCGGAGGACAAUAUCGUCGAAGAGUCAACUUCGACCGUACGCGAGACGAAAACCGUUUCGUCGGUGCGAGAGAACAAAAUAAACACGACUGUCCGUGAACGUGAACAAUAGACGUCAAAAGACAUCUCCCGAAAAAGUCGUCUUUUUUAUAUAUUCCUUAUUCUGGCUUUAUUUGGUUGAGAAUAAAUUGUUCAAUUUCGACUUAUUGAA